AUGCAGAGUCUGCAGAAGAAGGCCUCUGAGUGGAGCGGAGUUUCCAUAGAUGAUGCUUUUGCUAUCGACAAUGCCGAUUUGUUUCACACCCUAGGUCUUCAAACCUUCACUACACUCUCUACCAAUUUCUACAACAGGGUGUAUGAUGACGAUGAAGAAUGGUUUCGUUCAAUUUUCGGGAACUCGGACAAGGAAAAGGCAAUUCAGAACCAGUAUGAGUUCCUCGUCCAGAGAAUGGGAGGUCCUCCUCUUUAUUCUCAAAGAAGAGGGCACCCUGCUCUAAUUGCUCGACAUCGACCAUUUCCUGUGACGCGUGAAGCUGCAGAGAGGUGGUUAUUUCAUAUGGGGCAAGCAUUGGACAGUACCUCAGACAUAGAUGAUGAUUCAAAGAUAAAACUCAUGAACUUUUUCAGGCACACUGCAUAUUUCCUUGUGGCUGGAGUUGAGCAAAAGGAUCAGAACCUUCACACACCAGGUAAAGAUGCAGCCCAGAAGCAACACCCGUGUAAAAACUUCUAG